UACACGUAAACUUUGCACAUAGUACUGAUGAUAGGACUUCUCUACAACGACAACUCGCACAAAGGUUUCGCCAUUUAUAGACGACCAGAGAGCGCCUCCGAUCCGAUCCACUUCCUACCAUAUACUUGCUCCAGGCAUCAGCUAGCCAGUAGUGCCAUUAUGGGCAGCGUCGGCGGCGGCUCGCCGGAGGAGGAGCAGCAGACCGCGGGUAUUGGCGGUGACGACCCUCCGCCGCCGGCGGUCUGCGUCACGGGGUCCACGGGCUACGUCGGCUCCUGGCUCGUCCGCACCCUGCUGCGCCGAGGCUACCGCGUCCACGCCACCGCCAGGGACACAGGCAAGGCCUGGCAGGUGCUCGGCGCCGUGGAAGAAGGGAGGGAGAGGGACAGGUGCCGCCGGCGCCUCCUCCGUGUGUUCCGGGCGGACAUGGGCGAGGAAGGGAGCUUCGACGCCGCCGUCACGGGAUGCGUGGCGCUCUUCCACGUCGCGGCCUCCAUGGAGCUCCACGUAUCAUCACCCGCCGCCCAUCACGACAGCCUUGUUGAGGAGCACGUGAGGUCACGUGUGCUGGAGCCGGCGACGAGGGGAACCAUCAACGUGCUCCGUUCCUGCGUCCGCGCGGGGACCGUGCGCCGGGUCGUCUUCACGUCCUCCGUCAGCACGUUGACGGCGGCGGACGCCGAGGGGCGGCGGAAGGCCGUCCUCGACGAGUCCUGCCUCAGAUCCCUCGACGACGUCUGGCGCACCAAGCCCGUCGGCUGGAUCUACAUCCUGUCCAAGCGGCUGACCGAGGAGGCGGCGUUCAGGUUCGCGCGCGAGAACGGCGUCCACCUCGUCUCCCUCGUCCUGCCCACCGUCGCCGGGCCGUUCCUGACGCCAAGCGUCCCCACGAGCAUCCAGCUCCUGCUGUCACCCAUCACAGGUGACCCGAAGCUCUACGCGGUGCUGGCCUCGGUGCACGCCCGGUUCGGGUGCGUGCCGCUGGCGCACGUCCAGGACGCGUGCGACGCGCACGUCUUGCUCAUGGAGGCGCCGCGCGCCGAGGGGCGGUACCUGUGCGCCGCCGGCGGGUACUCGGCGGCGCACCUCGCGCGGCUCCUCGCCUCGCGCUACCCUCCGUUCAGGCCUGGCGACAGGCUGAGCAGAGACUUCGACGACGACGCCUCGUGCUCGCCGCCGGUGGUUUCGUCGAGGAGGCUGCUGGAUCUUGGGUUCAGGUUCCGGUACGGCGUCGAGGACGUGGUGAAGGAUAGUGUCGCGCAGUGCCUUGCCCAUGGAUUCCUGGAGCAGCCUGAAGGACAGAGCACCUUCAGGCUUUCAGCAGUGUAGGAUAGCACUGGAGGAGGCAGGCAGGCAGGGCCGGGAUUGGAUGGUUGGGCUUGGGCUCAAGCAUGGCAAGCUACCUGGGCCUAAUGGCCCUUAUGCUUUUGUGCUAUUGUCAAAUUUAAGAACACGAAUAUGUUUGAAGUGAGGAAACUUUCACAGGAAAUCGUUCGUAUAUAUAUUUUUUUCAAACCAUGGGAACUUCCCAUAUUUUAAA